AUGGCCUCGGUCACUCCCGAAGAGCAGUUGGGGCAAAUCCUGGCGUUGCUGGGAGAAAACUCCAAGGGAAUCAACGAGUUCAAGAGUUCGAUGACGGAGAUGAGUGCGUUGAAGACGGACUUGUUGCUGUGGAAGCCCAAAGUCGAUCACCGAGUUCACGAGCUGGAGCACGCAGUGCUGGAUCUUGGGGAGCACAUCGAGCAAGUUCUGGGGUCUCGGAUUUCGCUGGCCCAACCUCUAGAACCAACCCAUGGGGAGCAGUCUGGGGAAGUCACCAUCGCGCAACCCUCACUCACCACGGCAAUUCGGGAGGACCACUUCACCUCUCCGAGCGUCAAGGUGCCGAGCUCCGCUCAUCUGGAGUUUCACCCGCCAAGGGCGGCACCUGGGUCGUUAGACCACGACAAGAGAACUUCUCACUGGGGUGCUGAUUUCAAGGCAGUGUACACCAUUGCCCCAGAACCGGCCCCGGCCAUAGUAGUUAUCUGCAAUAGGUUUGACAAAGAUGAGCACAAUCACCUAUUGCAACGUUUCUUUCACAUUAAGCAAACCACUACAGUCUCUGAAUAUGUUGAACAAUUCAGUGACAUUGUCCACCAGUUAUUAGCCCAUGAUCCAUCUUUUCCUGCUACUGUUAUUACAAACUGCUUUCUUGAUGGUCUUAAAAAGGAUGAAGAAGCUUCUCAAGACCAACCUAUCAGGAGAUCUGAUUUGGGAUCUUAUUCAAAGAGAAACAACCAAGAACCUAUCAAAGCACAUUUUGCAACAUCUUCUAAUUUUGCAAGACUUAUCGAAGAUAAGAAGCCACCUAAUCCUAGCAAGACCAGGCUUACAGGGGAGGAUAAAUUGAAUACAUUGAAGAAUUAUAGAAGAUCCAAAGGCUUGUGUUUCAAAUGUGGAGAAAAAUGGGGACCCAACCAUAAGUGUCCUCCUUCUAUUUCUCUCAAUGCUAUAGAAGACAUCUGGAAAUGUAUUGCUGAUCAUGAAGAUCUAGUUACUAUAAUCGAAGCAGUAGAAUCUGACUCAGGGGAUGAUCUGAUGGCUAUCUCUAUACAAGCUUUGAAUGGCAUUAAAGGCUCUAGAACAAUCAGACCGAGAGAUUAUCUUCAAGGAAAAUAA